AUGUCAGUUCCGUUGAGAAUUCUGAGAAAGACGUGGAACGAAAAUUUAAUUCUUGAACGAAAUAUAUUCACCCAAGUGCUAAGGGGGAAGGUAUAUAAAAGUAUAGGAAAAUAUGGAAAGAGAGAAAUUUGUAGUAGUGGUAUCGGUGGCAGCAGUGGUGGAGUCCCUUUUCUGCUUUGCUCGAAAAGGAAUAUACACAUUUCUAGAAGAUGCAUGAACCAGGAUCCCUAUACUGUAUUGGGUUUAUCGAGAAAUGCCACAACAAAUGAUAUAAAAAAACAAUUUCGUCUGCUGGCAAAAAAAUAUCAUCCAGAUAUUAAUCCGUCCCCAGAUGCAAAACAAAAAAUGGCUAGUAUAACGGCAGCAUAUGAAUUAUUAUCUGAUCCGAAGAAAAAAGAAUUUUAUGACAAAACAGGAAUGACAGAUGAUAUGCAUUAUGAUCAACAAGCAUCAGCCUCGGGAUCAAAUUUUGAAGGUGCUUUCUCAGGAUUUGGUGAUGCUUCAUUUAUGUUUACUGAUUUUGCAGAAAUGUUUACAAACAUGGCAGGCUCAAAAACAACAUCAACCAGGGGAGAAGAUAUUCAAACAGAAAUUACACUCAAAUUUAUGGAAGCAAUAAAAGGAUGCGAAAAAAAUAUUCGCUUAAAUGUAAAAGUAUCAUGUAAUAAUUGCAAUGGAUCUGGCAAAAAGCCAGGUACAAAUUUAACCAUAUGUAAAGUAUGUAACGGUUCAGGAAUUCAAAGAAUAGAAAGAGGUCCAAUAAUUAUUGGGGUUCCUUGUAGAAAUUGUUCUGGAAAUGGGCAAAUUAUUAAUAACCCUUGUAAACAAUGUUCAGGAAGUGGUGUAAAAUUUCAAACGAAAAAUAUUACUUUGGAUAUUCCACCAGGAAUUAAAAAAGGAAUGCAAAUGAGAAUACCUAAUCAAGGGCAUUCAGGAUACAGAGGAGGGAAAAAUGGACAUUUAUUUGUUACUAUAAAUAUAGAACCACAUAAAAUUUUCAAAUGGGUUGAUGAUAAUAUACAUGUAGAUGUUCCAUUAACAAUUAAGCAAUGUCUUCUUGGUGGGGUAAUUAAUGUACCAACAUUGAAUGGUGAUAUGGAUCUUCUCAUUAGGCCAAAAACGUAUCCCAAUUCAGAGAGGGUAUUAAAAGGAAAAGGGCCAUGUAAAGUAGAUUCACACACAAAUGGAGAUUUGGUUAUAAAAUUCAGUUUGAAAAUUCCUGAAAAGUUGACACCUAGACAGGUAGAAUUGAUUGAGGAGUUCAACCAAAUUGAGCUCAGUCAAGCCAAUUCGUAUAACAUGGCAGGUAGAGGAGACACGUCCCAUAAGGUCAAUUUUGAUGGUGUCGGCAGAGGUGGCAGUAGCAACAGUAGCAGCAACAGCAGCAGCAACGGCAGCAGCAACAGCAGCAGUAACAGCAGCAGUAGCGGAUGUGCUGCACGAACAGCUGGAACUGCCAAGGGGGAGAAGAAGAACGUGCCGGAACCUCCACCCAUACCAGAGAAGAAAAAUAGUAUAAACAAUUGUGAGGGAAAAAACAAUUCGAAUGUGCCAAUCCCACCUCCUCCUCCAAAAUCUACGAGACAGAAAACAAAAGAACAGAACAGUGCUGGAAAUAAGGACACCAACUUGCACAGAAGUAUGAACAGAACAUACCCAUCUGACGAUGGGAAUGUUAAAUGUAUGGACGAAUCCAGUUAUAGAACUAAAAUGAAUAUCAAUGUGAACACGAACAAGUUAGGGAACUCAUCCCGUAAAUUUGAUAGCGAGGUUAAUGAAGACAAAUCAUCUCAUCCAGGUCCCUACCAUAGUCACGUAACAAAUAAUGAUAACAAAUUAGACGAUUUUCAUGAAACUGGAGUGACUGAUGAAAGAAGAGACAAUUCUCCUUCUACCUUUUCUUAUGCCAAGAAGUGGAUAUCGGAAAAAUUAAAACCAAGAAAUUAG